AUGGGAUCAAUUGGCCUAGAAGAUUCAGGCCCAACGUUAGAUUCCUUCCAGGCGGAUAGGCCGCGGGACAUUGUCGACAGCUUCCUGCAGCAGCAUCCGAACAUCGACUACAUCCGCUUUCAAUGGGUCGAUUACGCGGGAGUUUUGCGCGCCCGGGUUGCAACCAAGGCUCAUUUUGAUACAAUCGUGAAGAGCAACAAGCCCCUCAGCUGUGGGCAGGUCACCUUCAGCUGCCUUCCGGAUGGGAGUAGAGUCCCUUUCGAACCAUGUGCCGUACACCUGCUCCACCCAGACUGGAAGUCACUGCGGGUAAUAUCCACAUCCCCAGGUCAUGAUAGCCCAUCGUAUGCUUCCGUAAUGUGUUCCAUCGUCCAGAAGCUGCCUGGUGUGGCACGCGAUCCAGACCUAUGUCCACGGAUCGCCCUGGAGAACAUCGUCGCCAAGGCCCAUAAUCAGCACGGUAUCGACUUUCUAAUUGGCUUUGAGAUCGAAUUUGUUGUGCUGCAGGACGGUCCCGACGGCUGCUUGAUUCCCUUCUCCUCUCAUCCGGGCACCUACUCCGCCGCCGCUCUCCGUGGACCCUCGUACCGUUACUUCGAGGAGUGCAUGCGAAACCUCUUGGACUCCGGCAUCCAAGUCCGUGAGUUUCACGCGGAAGGGAGUAUUGGCCAAUACGAGGUAACGCUUGCUGCGCGCCCGCCGCUUGAAGCUAUCGAUGAGUUGGUCUCCGCGCACGAUAUCAUCCGCACCACGUUUGCCAACCAUGGUCUGACCGCUACCAUGUCUCCGAAGCCGGUUAUGGACCGACAGGCCAACGGCUCUCACAUUCAUGUCUCCAUCCACCCUCCACAGCACGAGGAGGCCUUUCUUGCCGGUCUUCUCUCCCGCCUACCCGCCAUCUGUUCCUUGUCCAUGCCCUCGAUCGCCUCGUAUGAUCGCCAUGCUGACUUUCUUGCCGGUACGGUUGUCGCCUGGGGUUCCCAAAAUCGCCAGGUCCCAGUGCGUAAAAUGCGCCCUGGGUACUGGGAGAUACGCUGCGCAGACGCCAUGGCCAAUAUGUACUUGGCCGUCGCCGGCAUCUUAGCCGCUGGACUCCUAGGAAAGCAAAAUAAUGAACCUUUGCACUGGAACGAUGCCAGCUAUGCAGGUAAUAUGCAGGCCAGUUCCGACAAGCUUCCAGCCAAUCUAGAACAGUCUCUGAGCCAGCUAGAGCGGGUGUGUGGAGAACUGUCGGAAAUGCUAGACAGUCGGAUACCUGGGCACUACUUGGAUUUCAAACGGCAUGAAGUCGGGGCUUUGAAGAAUCUAGAUGAGCAGCAGUUGCGCCAACUUCUAGCAAGGCUAGUGUAG